AUGGCUUUUGAUAAUAUUGACAUAGAUAAACAACCAGAAAGUACUCCAGCUGCUACUGAUUUCAAUAAUAAUAACAACAAUUCAGCUACAAACACAAGUUCUCCAUUACAAUCAUUCUUUGAUAAUUUACCAAAAGAUAAAAAAGAACGUAAAGAGUAUAUUUCUCAAUUUAAAAAGUCCAUUAAAGAAGAAAAAGCCAAAUUAAAAGAAAUUAAAAAAUCAAUGAAAUGUGAUAAAGAAUCUAAACACGGUCAUCAUAAACAUCACGGUCACCACGGACAUCAUGGUCAUCAUGGUCAUGGUCAUGGUCAUGAACAUCCACAUCACGGUCAUCAUGGACACCACGGUCAUCAUUACGGUCAUCAUGGUCAUCAUCACGGUCAUGAAAAAGUAAUCAACUACAAAUUAGAACAUUUACAAAAGAAAAGAUCAAUUUUAUUAACCAAAAUGCAAUACGUCGAUGCCCAAAUCUCAUUCUUAAGCAAUUACAAUCAAUCAGCAAAUCACGGUUUCCCACAUCACGGUCAUCCACAUCCAUUCAGUGGUCCAUUUGGUCAUGGUUUCCCACAUCAACAAUACUCAUACCCACACCCACAACAAUUUAAUUUCUAUGGUCCACCAACUGCUUCACCAGUUGCUCCAUCAACCACCGCCUCAAUUACUCCAUCAGAAAAGAAAUUAUAA